AUGCCCUGUGCUGCUAUGAACACCAGCAAGUCACUGAAGCUACUCAACGACAUCCUCGGGACCAGAUACACGCUAGGCAAGCCGGGGCUGGAGCAGUGCCUCGACCACUUCAUCCGUAACUCACGAGACUUUGGCCAAGUAUAUGGCGCUCUGCGAUGCCAUUGGCAAUCCGACUUCACUCGGCUGCUCUCUGACAUUGCUGCAAAGCAAAAGAGGGAAGAAGUGAUGCAGAAAAAUGCCUUGGAUGGUGGAUAUAUCAGCAAUUCGCAGGUGUCUCCACGACGGGUGUGGGACCUUUACAGUAAUCGUGUCCUGCCCUUCUAUGCCAUUGAUCAAAAUCGCAAUUCGCUCGUGAUCCCCGACAAUAUCUGGACGGUAUCGCACAGCUGGGUGCACGAAAACGCUCGCAUCGAUGUCUCGACCCCAAUCAACGACUACAAGUGGCCCGUCCCCAUCCCGAACAACACCACCUUCGAUCACAUCCGAGUCGAGCUGCUCAACCUUGGAGCCGAAUAUGUCUGGCUGGACGUCCUGUGUAUGAGACAACGGGGACGUCCGGAGGACGAGGAGCAGAGGAAGGAAGAGUGGAAGCUCGACGUCCCCACCAUUGGGUCUGUAUACUCCCUGGACAGACCGUGCGUUACAUAUUUCAACGGCCUGGGUCUUCCUUUCGACCCGUCUCCACAAGUACUGUCUUCCGAUCGCCACUGGCUUAAGCGUGUCUGGACGGUACAAGAGGCCACCGACCUCUGGUUGCCCGGUGGGAUCACCGGAGCGACGUCUACAGACACGCAGCGUUUCUUCCGAGAGCUACUCCCGCGGUCCAUCCCGCAGAAUUUUCUGUCGUCUUUCGACCACUUGGCCUUCGCGGUUCGGGCGAUGCAGGGGCGCCACUGCACCGCAGGGCUCGACAGGGUUCACGGCCUCGCAUACAUCCUGAACUGCAAGACGCUGCCGAUCUACGACGAAGGAAUGCCGACGGAGCUCGCUUGGACCGCGCUUCUCAAGCAUAUAGGCCUUGACUCACGAUGGCGGGUCGCCUUGCGCCACGCGAGGCGUCAUCCAAACGAUACCUCGCUGCUGCCUUCGUGGAAGGACUUCAUGCAAUACGAGCAGGAGGGCAACGAUAUCCAUUCCUGGUAUUCUGUGCCUGGCUUGUCAGACUUGUACCUUCUGGACCACUUGAACCUUCACACGCCUGAGCCAGGGACCUACUUCCACAAGGUCAUUGCCGGUUUGUACGGUUCCAUUGACAUCGAUCGCGAGGGGACGAAAGACAGUUCCGGUCAUAAGAUACUCAGGUUCCAAGACGCAAUCGGCGCUCUCUACGAGAUCACAGCAACCAAGGUCGGCGGUACAUUUUUGCGAGGCGCGGCGUAUCUCAUCUUGAAAUUCACUUCGGAGGUCUGGCUUGUUGUCGAGGUGAUUGGCCGGCGGCUGAUGGGGGAACAAAUGGUGCAGUGGGUGGUUAAGCGAGGAUGUAUAUUUCCUUUAUUGGACCCAAUCCCGUACCGCGUGUGGGGUAAUCGGUGGGUUGUUUAUGUUUCAGAGGGGGAAGUCCGAGAGAAGAAAUCGGUAUUUCGCAGGCUACACAAACCUCUCGAACGAUAUUUAUUACAAUAGCUCCGCGUCCGCCCACCAGUCUAGCGUGUAGUCGUAGCGGAAAACUUGACAUGGCACUGAACCACAUGCAUUGGAGACUAGCAAGCAUUCUAUUAACUUUUC